AUGAACAGAUGGAGGUUUCCUUGUUGGAGGUUUGAACCUAAUGCCAUCUUCGGUGCAUUUUUCUGUUGCUCUUCCUACAGGAUCUUCUACGUCUCUCAUGAUUCCCAAGACCUGAAGAUCUUCAGCUAUAUCGCUCGAGAUGGUGCCAGCAAUACUUUCAGGUGUAACGUCUUUAAAUCCAAGAAGAAGAGCCAAGCUAUGCGAAUCGUGCGGACGGUCGGGCAGGCCUUCGAGGUCUGCCAUAAGCUGAGCCUCCAGCACACGCAGCAGAACGCAGACGGGCAGGAGGAUGGAGAGAGCGAGAAGAACAGCAGCUGCUCGGGGGACCCAGGCCGCCAGCUCCCUGGAGCCGAGAGGGCCUCCACGGCCACCGCGGAGGAGACGGACAUCGAUGCAGUGGAGGUCCCGCUCGCGGGGAAUGAUGUCUUGGAAUUCAGCCGAGGUGUGACAGACCUUGAUGCUGUCAGGAAGGAAGGAGGCUCCCACCCGGACCCCAAGGUCUCUCCCCACCCCCAGGAACCUGUGCUGGCGGCCUCGCCCAGGAUGCUCCUCCCCUCUUGCUCCUCGAAGCCCCCAGGCUGGGGCCCAGGGACGCCGCUGUCCAGCCAGCACCAGAUGCAGCUUCUGCAGCAGCUCCUCCAGCAGCAGCAGACGCAGACGCAAGUGGCUGUGGCCCAGUGGACCACGGCGUGUUUGAGAACUUAAACACGGCCCACGCUCCGAAGCUGCAGCCCAGCUGCUCCUUCCCCCACUUGUCCAGGCUGGCGACCCCCAGCUCUGCCGCC